GAGGAGGGUCUCGCAGGCAAGUGGAGUGUUCGGUGUUUGCAAAGUGUUUUGUGCGUUUUGUGUUGAAGUAAGGUAGUUGUAAACAGAUGGAGACCAGCUGUAGUGAAACGAGACUGCUGUUGUAUUAGGAUCCUAACUCGGGGUCAAACCGUGUCCCGAGAGGAUGCUUCGUCGUAUCUCCAGCACUGCCCUGCAACCUCUCACACCGAGUAACCUGCCGAUCGACAUAGUUCGCUGAUGUACCCGAUACCAGUACUGUAAAUCAAAUUCUACACCAUGCUAGAACCAAGAAAACAAGCAGUUCCUCAUGAAAUAGCACUGGCAUCAGAGAAAUUUGACCAGUUCUGUGCAGCCUCCAGUUUAAAAACAAUACUGGGACACUUCCGUGAGCUUUGUGACCUCCUUUCCAUAAAACCCACUGUGUACUCCUCUUUCUACCCAAAGCUGAAGUCCAAGCUACGUUCCUGGAAGGCUCAGGCACUAUGGGCAAAAUUCGACAAACGAGCGAGUCAUAAAUGCUACAAUCGAGGGAAAGCUAGUCCAAACUCAAGGGUACUGAUCAUUGGGGCAGGUCCCUGUGGUCUUAGGACAGCAAUUGAAGCACAGUUAUUAGGUGCAAAAGUUGUAGUUGUCGAAAAAAGAGAUCGAAUAACACGGCACAACGUUCUUCACCUGUGGCCUUUUGUCAUCCAUGAUCUCAGAGCUCUAGGGGCUAAGAAAUUUUUUGGGAAGUUUUGUGCUGGGUCUAUUGAUCACAUAAGUAUACGGCAGCUACAGUUUAUUUUGCUGAAAGUAGCUCUGAUACUUGGUGUCGAAGUUCAUGAAGGUGUUGGAUUUGAAGGCCUUGUGGAGCCACCUGAAGAUCAAUCCAUUGAACGAACAGGCUGGCGAGCAAAUGUGACCCCUCCUGACCACCCAGUUUCUCAGUAUGAAUUUGAUGUCUUAAUUGGAGCUGAUGGCAAAAGGAACACUCUGGAUGGGUUCAAAAGAAAAGAGUUUAGAGGAAAGCUUGCAAUUGCUAUUACUGCAAAUUUCAUCAAUCGGCAUUCGGAAGCUGAAGCACAAGUGGAAGAAAUCAGUGGUGUUGCUUUCAUUUUUAAUCAAAAAUUCUUCAAAGACCUAUAUGCUGAAACUGGGAUAGAUUUAGAAAAUAUUGUUUAUUAUAAAGAUGAAACACAUUAUUUUGUUAUGACAGCAAAGAAACAAAGCCUGAUAGAUAAAGGGGUUAUUUUAAAUGACUAUGCUGAGACUGCAAAACUACUUGCUGUAGAAAAUGUAAAUAAGGAUGCUCUUCAGGAGUAUGCUCGACAGGCUGCUGAUUUUUCGACUAACUACAGAUUGCCGCAACUAGAAUUUGCACUCAACCAUUAUGGGCAGCCAGAUGUUGCUAUGUUUGACUUCACUUCAAUGUUUGCUGCAGAAAAUGCAAGCAGAGUGAUUGAGAGACGGGGGCACAGAUUGCUCCAAAUACUUGUUGGGGAUAGUCUCUUGGAGCCCUUUUGGCCAACAGGAUCAGGCUGUGCACGUGGUUUCUUGAGCUCCAUGGAUGCAUGUUGGGCUGUUCGCAGCUGGGGAAGUGGCCACUUAACUCCACUAGAAGUUAUAGCAGAACGUGAAUCUAUUUAUCGGUUACUAGGACAAACAACACCUGAAAAUUUACAACGCGAUUUUGCGAACUACACUUUGGAUCCCCAUACACGGUACCCAAAUCUCAACACCCGAGCUGUGCUUCCCAUACAGGUGCGAGGACUGUAUGACACAGAUGAUCCUACUUCUCUUGAACAGUUGUCAUACAAUGCUACUGAACAUGAUCUUCCUAAGAAGAGGAGGAGAAAAGAUUCUCAGGUACAUCCAGACACACUUCUCCACUGGUUGAAGAAGCAAGUAGCUUUGUAUAGUGAUCUCCAUGUGGAAAAUAUGACUGAUUCUUUUAAGAAUGGACUGAUUUUAUGUGCCAUUAUCCAUCGAUAUAGGCCUGAUCUCAUAGAUUUUCACUCACUUAAACCAGAAGAUGUGUCUGCCAACAACCAGCUAGCAUUUGAUACAUUAGAGAGAGAACUGGGCAUACCACCUGUAAUGACUGGUAAAGAAAUGGAACAGUGUGAUAUUCCAGAUAAGCUAACUAUGCUGUCAUAUUUGUCUCAAAUUUAUGACACAUUCAGAGGUGAAAUACCCCACAUAAAACACCCUAAAUUGGAAGUAGAACCUGAAGACAUCCCUGCAGCACCUAGAGCUAUUAAAUUCCGCCACUUGCAGCAGUUGACACCAGCACAAAAAGUGAAUCUCAUUGGACGUAUAAGCAAUACCCAGCAUCACAAUCGUAGUGCUGUAAGUAGGAAGCGAUUUUCCUCAGACAGAGAUUUGCUUACUGGAGCCGGUACUCCAUAUGGAAUUGGUGGUGAAAGAAAGACUGAAACUUCAAGAAAGUCACGUAGCAAGCGAAGGAGCCUGGAGAAAGAAAGACAAACUGGAGAUGAAGAACGUGAGAAACGUUUGGAAGAAAUUCGCCAAAAUAGACUGGAGAGAGAACGAAGAAGAAAAUACCUUCGAAAGUUGACUACGUUACAGUUCUAUAAAAGCAUGCAAAUGCUUCAGACAAAUGCUAGAUAUGAAAAUUCACAGCCAUUUGAAGAUUAUUCAAUAUUUCUUUAUCGUCAGACAGCUCCAAGUUUUGAAGAACGUGUGAAAGAUUUGGAGAGAAAACUAUAUUACCCUGACCGUGAUGCGAGGUUUCUGAAUGACAUAAAGCGAGGAGGAGCAGGUGAAGAUAUGUCAGGCAGGAUAAAGACUCUGGAAGAGAAACUAAGAGGAACAACUCACACAGAGAAGAAGCCAAAAGACCUGCUUCGUGCUAUAGGAAAGAUUGAAAAAAGUGACUGGAAUGUCAUGGAAUUGGAGAAGAAAAUCCAAGAAAAUAAAAUGGGUAAAGGGGGGCGACAAGAGAAUCCUGAAAAAGUUCCAAAAUGGAGCCGCGAUCAAUUUGUUGACAAGUUUGAAGCAGUGAAGUCAAAGCUUGAGACUAAAACUGUAGACAGAGAAAAAGAAAAGAAUGAUAAAUAUUCAGAUGUUGAUGUUACAUUAAAGCUUAUAGGGAAGAAGCUUAAAGAAGGUAAUGCAUUAGAAGCUGGCCCCCGAGGAAGUAACAAGGUUUCUGCCAUGGCUGAGCAGUUUGCUGUAAAGACACAAGAUGCAGAGAAGCCUUCUAUACAGAGAUCGAAUUCUAAAGCAGCACUCGUCCUUCCUGCACAGGGUGGAUCAGAGAUGUGUCAUUUCUGUAAAAAGAGGGUUUACUUAAUGGAACGUUUAAGCAUUGAGGGAAGAUUCUUCCAUAGAGGUUGUUUCCGAUGUGAAUACUGUGGUACAACUUUGAGGCUUGGUAGUCAUUUGUUUGACAGAGAUGGUUGUCGUUUUUAUUGUACUCAACACUUUGGUAUGCAAGGGGUCCAGAAAAUGAAAUCUGCCAGGAAGGAUCAAGAAAAUUAUACUGAUGUGGGCAAAACAAAGAUACAUGGAAUUGAAGCUCUCUUGAAGCAUACAGAUAUGGCACCAGAAGCAACACCAGAGAAGAGUAAACUGCACAGUAUUGAUGCAGUCGAUCAAAGGACAACCCCUGAACGAAUAGAAUUUGAAAAUCUUGUGACUUCUGAUGUUGAAGAAUUGCCAGGGGAAAUGGAUGAAGAUGAAUGGACUGAUCGUAAUUUUGGAACAUCAGCUGCAGAAGGCUCUAGUGAUUCUGUUUCCGAUUUAAGUGAUUCUGGUGACGAAGACAAUGAGGUCUUUGAGGAAGCUGUUGAUCAGCCAUUUACAGCUGAUGAGACACGUAAAUUAGCUGAAGACUGGACACGACGAUACUCAAGAAAUACUCCUGCAGAAGUCCAAAAUGGCAGUAUUUCCAAACAGGUAGCACAGGGCAAUGGAGAAGAUGAAAGCACAAGUUUGAAUGAUGGAGAUACUGAUGGAGAUAUGAGUGGAAAGGAAUCUGAAAGUGAUGAUGAUGAGACUGAAACUGCCACAGAAGGUGAUGAAGAUGUCAAAGCACGGGAAUUACGGAAACAAGAAAUAUAUUUGAAAGUUCCCGAAUGUGCAAAAGUACAGAGUGAUACAGACUCAGGGUCAAACACUGAGGUUCAGUCUGACGAUACAACAGAGUCCAGUGAUGAAGAAAUUGAAAAUUCAGCAACAGAAAUAGAAACUGAUUCUGAGUUUGAGCAUGAUGGAACAUCAUUUCCUCACAAUAUACCAUCUAUAAUAGUAGAUGACAGGAAUGUCACAAAAAGAAAGAGAUAUAACACUGAGGAACCAAUCAAAGUUCAUACUCGAGCUGGACAUAUUCAUCCAAUAAAUGGAACUGUAAAGCCACUGUUGCCAUCAGUGCAGAAUCAGCAUGGGAUUAGACUUAAGUUUUCAUCAGUUCAACCAGAAACGGCCAAUUCUUUCACUGCUUCAAAUUUGGUCACUAGCAAGAAUCUUCUCAAUAAUAAUGCUAAAUUACCCACAUCUUCGCAGCUUACUCCACUUAUUAAUCCUAGACAAGGAAACUAUCUACUUAACAGGACACAUUCAACUGAGGGCAUUGCCUCCAAAGUUUCUCUGGAACUGAAGAAAAGGUACUUGCUGGGCACAUCAGAUAUUGGUGGCACAGUAAGGAAAUCUGGUUCAGCAUCAACAAUAGAUUCAAAAUUAAAGAACUUUGUUGAUACUAUAUCAGAACAUCAGAAACUUCUGCAUCCAGCUCCAGAACCCAGUCCAUCUAUGCAAGCCUAUCUUCAAGGAACAUCAAGAGUUUCUUCUAGCAGUAGUACUCAUUUCUCUCCUCCAUCGCCAACAAUUAUUGCACCAUCACUACAGCUUCCACAAAUACAAAAACCUGCUUUACGCAAAGAGAAAGAGCUACCAGAUGUGGAGGGCUCCUUUGAGCAUGUUUGUGGAAAGAAAGAAGCCAAAGUUCCUUCUUUUGGGGCUGAAAAGUCUUCUGCACAAGCAGAUCAUGCCAGUGGCUCUAACGCUCAUACCGAUGAAGAAGAUCGAAAACUGUUGGUAAUAACAGAAAAUACCAAAACUGCUAGUAAUGGGAUGGAUAAUUCGACACAAGCUAAAGUAGAAGAUGAAACAGACUACCGACCGAGAAGCCCAGCUCACGAAACAUCCAUAGUUGUACCUGACAUGCAAUGGAACUUGACUCCAAAGACUGGCAAUGAUAAUGAAGAAAAUGAUGAGAAUGAUGAUGAUGAUGAUGAUGAUGAUGAUGAUGAUGAUGAUAUAGAAACUGAUUCGUUGUCUUCAGGCAGCAGUUCAGUUGAAAAUGAUACAAAACAGAAAAGUGAUUCCCAUUCUUCUGGACAGUUACCAGAAAGAAUUACUCCAAGAGUUGAAAUACACGAUUCUAGUGGUGUCCUCAUGACUGAAGAUGCUGAUGUAUCAAACUGCACAAAACAGGAAUCUGUUGCAGAAGCACUAUUUACCAAGCAGUAUACUGAAGAAUUCCCAAAAAGUGAUGCCAUUAGUGUUGAAAAAGUGUCGGAGAAAAGUGUUGUUAUUGAUAAAUCUAACAGUGAUUUGCCUAAAGUUAGGCAUAAUUCCGUUAAUAGCGAUCAUAGUAGCCCAUCAACACCUCCUUCGAGAAGUGACUUUUCUGAGUCACAUGAACAUGAAGCUACAUUUGCAGCAUUAACAGAGACAGAAUUAUCAGAUUGGGCACAUGAUGGUGACGCUGUAGUUUCAGAAGAUCUAGAUGAUGUAGAGUUUAAUAUUAAUCCACAUUUUGUUACCGUUAGACACCAUAAGAAGCCAAAAAGUAGUAAAAAUACGCCAGAGAAAAAUUUUUCUGCAGGAUACCAAAAAAGUAUUGCUAAAACAGAAGAUCUUGAUGAUGACAGUAAUAAAGAUAAGAUACAUUGUCAGACUGAAAUCCCUCUGUAUCAUCAUCAUCAUGAAGUAAAAACUGUGCCUUGCUUAUUGUCUGAUAUAGAGAAUAUUGAGUUCAUGGAUACAGGAGAAGAAAAUGAAAGUGAUUCAGAUGAUGUUUUAGCAGCAACUAACAAAACAUUAAUAAAAAACAGUGGCUAUGUACAGUUUGUUGAUUCUGAUGAUGUUGUUACACCUGUUUUAGAAAUUCCAGCUUUAAUAGAACAAACCAUGCCUGUCCCUGUUCUACCUACAUUAAUUGUUAGUGAAUGUGAUGAUAAUUCUGAUGAGAAUGAUAGUAGUCCUAAACAAACUUCCAGCAAGGAAUCUACACACAUGUCAAAAGAGGAGGAUGACAAUUCACUUCAACGAGAAAGGACUUCCACAGAAGAAAUGACAAGUGAUACAGACACAGUGAAAGAGAAACUGCCCAACAAGUGUACAAAUAAUGAUUCUACUUGUGAAGAUGAUCUGUUUUACACGCCAAAAAGUGAUUCUAAACCUCCAAAGAAUGGUGGAGAUUCACAUACUGAUGAUUUUUCUCAAAAGACUUGCAAUAAUUAUGCUAGCAAUUGUGAGGAACAUGUUCCUACCUUCAGCAAUAUAAGAGAUUCGAUAAAUAUCAUAAAAUCUAGACAAAAAGAUAAAGACUCACCAGUAUUACAAGGUGUUGACUCUGAAGUAGAGCAACUGACAUUAGCACCUGCCAGUAAUAGUGAAGAUUAUUCUGGUCUACAUCAUACAAAAUCACCCAAUACUUCAAGAAAACUGAAAGAAAUAUCAAGGGAGAGGUCAGUCCAGAAAGACAUUGUUCACAAAAUGGUUCUAGACAAACAUUUACCUCAAAAACGCUCUAGUCAAGAUAGAAAGUCAAGGAAAUGUUUCAGUGGCAUUUAUAGCCCACCAUCUCUUGCUCCUAGGCGCACAUCAGAUCCUACUUUGUUUCCUCCAAAUUCUCCUGAAAAGGAUGAAUCUCUGAUACCAUCAGGUGUCAAGAAAUUAGAAAUGCCUACUGUAAUUCCUCCAUCUCCUGGAGAAACCGAUGAAAGAUUUAAUAGUCUCAUGGAAAGUGGCCAGGACUUAAAAAUGCCAGUAUCUGACGACUCUGUCCUCGUUACUGAAGAAACUGAACAGUUUUUUACGCCACUAACAUCAUUUAAGAAGACAUCGAAAGGGAGUCGUCCACUGUCCUAUCACUCAUCAUUUAAAUCUAGUCAUCGCCCUUCAAAAUUUUGCAGGUCUCCAGAAAAAUAUUCUUCUUCUCUUCCACACACUCCUCUAACAAACCCUGAAGCAUUUUCAUUACCAGACAUCACAAAAGUGUUAUUCAAAACACCAGAUAUCACUUUAAAGCCACCUGUUGCACCACCUAGGACAAAACAUGAACGUAAAGUUACUGGAGAGCUGUCAAAGGAAGGAAAUAAUAGGAGAACAGAAUUCACAUCAAACAACCAUGGAGAACUUCACAAGGAGAACAGAAAUGGAACUCCAAACAUUACUUCUGUUGCUGAUACAUCAGUAAUGAGUACCAAAGACUCAGAUGUAAACCAGUCAUCGUUGACACCAUUAAGGUCACCUGUAAGCAAUAAUAGUCCAUCAGGAAUAUGUGGAUCACCUGUUUCUUCAAAGCAGUCGCUAUCCCCAACAUCAGUAGUGGAAGCAUUGCAUACUGAACACUCCAUGAUUGCCUCUGCAACAGACAGCAGAAGUAUUACAAAAGAAAGGAGGAAAUCAAAAGACCCUGAACGGAGAAAGAGUUUAAUCCAAGCUGUUUCAGAUUUCUUUCAUAAAAAGAAAGAUUCUACAGGGAGUGUUUCUCCUCCUAAGACACCAACAUCUAGUAAUCAAUCCCAUAGUAAAGAUGGAAAAUUUCGUUUGAAGUUCACAAAAGCAAAGGAUAAAAUGAAGUUGGCCUAUAGUUCAUGCUCGGAUGACUCAGAUGAUAGGGAAUCACCAAACAAACAUGCCCAAUCAUCAGAUGUCUAUAGGAUCAAAACUGCUGAUAGUGUAAAAGAUAACGAAAAAAGAUAUGGAGUUUUAUACGAUGAUACGCCUCCACCCAUACCACCACCUCCUCUGAACUACUUGAAGAAUGCUGCUGCUCACAGGGCAUCAGAAGAGAGUUGCUCUGAAGUGGAUGAAGAAUCUCGCGCAACAAUUUUGUCCACCCCAAGUCAUGAAGGAACCUUAUCAACAGGCAGUCUGAGCCGACGCCACACACGCAUGCAGCAACGUAUGUCAAGGCAGGCACAGCAAAAGAGACUCAGGAUGGCUCAGGAAAUUCAGCGUCAGUUAGAAGAAGUGGAAGUGAAGCAGAAAGAGCUGGAACAGAGAGGAGUCAAUGUGGAAAAAGCUCUUCGAGGAGAAAGUGCAGUGGCUGCACAAAAGGAUGAAGGAGACCUCCUCAAAGAGUGGUUUGCCCUAGUAAGAGAACGAAGUGAACUGCGUCGCUUUGAGCGAGAACUAUUAAUACGAGCAGAAGAAUUAGAACUGGAGGACAGACAUUCUCGUCUUCAGCAGGAGCUACGGGAGCGGCUGAAAAAGGAUGAUUCAGAGAAGACAUCAGAUGAUGUCGAAAAAGAGGGCCAAAUCUUGAAUGAAAUGCUGGAGAUUGUUGAACGACGAGAUUCUCUCAUUGCCUUACUGGAAGAGGAUCGACAAAGGUACCAGGCAGAGGACAGAGAUCUUGAAGCACAAAUGCUUGCUAAAGGGCUUCGGCUGACACCUUUGAGAAAAGAGUCACAUGUAUGACUCUCCCAGCAUAAGACUAUGUUUUGAUCAAAUGCAUCCAGUAAUGCUCUGCAGUGCCAAAACCGCAUGUAGAGAUUAUUUGUUUGCAUGUGAACAACAUUCUUGCAUUUCAUUUAAAUGUUAUGACCAAAGUUUUCUUAUUGAUACUUGGUUUAAAUUAAUGAUGAAAUGGCUGAAACUAUUUGUUGCCACCUUCAUGUAUUUUAGUAUUGUAAAUAUGUCCAUAAAAAGUAUUUAUUUUAGUUGGAGUUCAUUUCAUUUAAGUUGUGAAUGGAAAGUAUUUGUCACUAUUGAUUUUGAGUAAUGUACUGGAGUCCCGCUAUCUUAUCUGUAGUAAAAUAAAAAAAUAGAACCAGAGCAGUGAAUUCUGACUGACACAUUGUGAUAUUUGAAGUAAGAUUUAUAAUGACUAACUACGAGCUUUAAAUUGCAGCUAUUCUUGACAAACAUUGUUGGUAGCUUUAAAUUAUUUUUAAUUAUUGUGCUCUGUCCAUCACAUCUUUAGUAUUUGUAAAUGGAUACAUAUGAAAUAUAUUUUCUAUAAUUGCAAGUUAUAUUUUUAUCUUCAGUUUUGUGAAUAGGCGAGCUCAAUACAUACCGUAAUUUUAAUUUAUACAAAGGUCUAAUAGCAAAAUGCUUGAGCUACAACAGGAAAUAUUUCCUUUGGAGUAUUUUUAAUAGAAUUUGACGUAUGUAUUUUUUAAAACAUUUUGUAUAUGUAUGGUCAUGAAUGGAACUGCCACUUCACUUUUCUGAAGUAACCAAGCAAGAGAUUACAUGUGAAUGUAUCAUAUGUCUGAAUUGUUUAGAUUUUUUAUUUGUUGCAUUGAGCAAAUACAGUUUAUAAAGCAAUGUCAAUUCAUUUGGAAUAAGGUGUAAAAAUUACUAAAAAGACAUUUUUGAUGCAGAGCCUAAUGUUGUAUUUAUAUGUAAAUAAAAGAUAUUGUUUGUAUUUCGUAAGUGCAAUUUGAUACAUAUGUAACAAAUAAAAAUGUUGUUUAGAUAGAAAUACUCUUUGUAUACAUUUUUCAAAUUAUUAAAAACUUUUAACAAA